CGCGCAGGUAGGGAAGAGGCGGGGCGCCGGGGCCCCGCCCCCAGAAGCCGCGGCCCAGCUGCUCGGCGGCGCGGCGCGGCCGGCGUCCGGAGAAGCGGGGCCGCUGGGAGCCCCCCGCCCACCGCCGCCAUGGCCUCCGCAGACAAGAAUGGCGAGCGCGUCUCCUCGGUGUCCGGCAGCCGCCUGCAGAGCCGGAAGCCGCCCAACCUGUCCAUCACCAUCCCGCCGCCCGAGGCCGCCGCCCCCGACGAGCACGCCAGCAUGCUGCCCCAGAGGCCCCGGAACCCCACCUACCUGAAGAGCGUCAGCCUGCAGGAGCCCCGCGGACGCUGGCAGGAGGCGUCCGAGAAGCGCCCCGGCUUCCGCCGCCAGGCCUCGCUGUCCCAGAGCAUCCGCAAGGGCACGGCGCAGUGGUUCGGCGUCAGCGGCGACUGGGAGCUGGCGCGGCAGCACUGGCAGCGCCGCAGCCUGCACCACUGCAGCGUGCGCUACGGCCGCCUCAAGGCCUCCUGCCAGCGCGACCUGGAGCUCCCCAGCCAGGACGGGCCCUCCUUCCCGGACACCGAGUCCCCCAGGCCCUGCAAGAUGCCCAAGAUCGUGGACCCGCUGGCCCGGGGCCGGGCCUUCCGCCACCCGGACGAGGUGGACCGGCCCCACGCCCCUCACCCGCCGCUGACCCCCGGCGUCCUGUCCCUCGCCUCCUUCACCAGCGUCCGCUCCGGCCACCUGCCCCGCCGGAAGAGGAUGUCGGUGGCCCACAUGAGUUUUCAAGCUGCCUCUGCCCUCCUCAAGGGGCGCCCGGUGCUGGACGCUGCCCCGCGGUGCCGGGCGGUCAAGCGCAGCUUCGCCUACCCCAGCUUCCUGGAGGAGGACGCCGUCGACGGGGCGGACACGUUUGACUCCUCGUUUUUUAGUAAGGAAGAAAUGAGCUCCAUGCCCGACGACGUGUUUGAGUCUCCCCCGCUCUCCGCCAGCUGCUUCCGGGCUGUGCCCCGCUCGGCCUCCCCCGUCUCCCCCGACGGGGUGCCGGUGCCUCUGAGGGAGUACGGCCGCAGCCCCCCGCCGGCGGCCAAGCGCGGCAGGCGCAUCGCCUCCGAGGUGAAGCACUUUGCCUUCGGCCGGCAGAGGCGGCACUACGGCCUGGGUGUGGUGGGCAGCUGGCUGAACCGCCGCUACCGCCCCAGCAUCAGCAGCGCGGUGCAGCGGCAGCUGGAGAGCUUCGACAGCCACCGGCCCUACUUCACCUACUGGCUGACGUUCGUCCACGUCGUCAUCACCCUGCUGGUGAUCUGCACGUACGGCAUCGCGCCUGUGGGCUUCGCCCAGCACGUCACCACCCAGCUGGUGCUCAGGAACAAGGGCGUGUACGAGAGCGUGAAGUACCUGCAGCAGGAGAACUUCUGGAUCGGCCCCAGCUCGAUUGACCUGAUCCACCUGGGGGCCAAGUUCUCGCCCUGCAUCCGGAAGGACCGGCAGAUCGAGCAGCUGGUGAAGCGGGAGCGGGACCUGGAGCGGGACUCGGGCUGCUGCGUCCAGAACGACCACUCGGGCUGCAUCCAGACCCAGCGCAAGGACUGCUCGGAGACUCUGGCCACCUUUGUGAAGUGGCAGGACGACACCGGGCCCCCCCUGGACAAGUCCGACCCGGGCCAGACGCGGACGUCGGGCGCCGUGUGCCGCCAGGACCCCCGGACCUGCGAGGAGCCGGCCUCCAGUGGUGCCCACAUCUGGCCUGAUGACAUCACCAAGUGGCCGGUGUGCACGGAGCAGGCCCGGAGCAACCUCACGGGCUUCCAGCACAUGGACUGCGAGAUCCGGGGCCGGCCCUGCUGCAUCGGCACCAAGGGCAGCUGUGAGAUCACCACCCGGGAGUACUGUGAGUUCAUGCACGGCUAUUUCCAUGAGGAGGCGACGCUCUGCUCGCAGGUGCACUGCUUGGACAAGGUGUGCGGGCUGCUGCCCUUUCUCAACCCCGAGGUCCCCGACCAGUUCUACAGGCUCUGGCUGUCCCUGUUCCUCCACGCUGGCCUGGUGCACUGCUUCGUGUCCGUGGUCUUCCAAAUGACCAUCCUGCGGGACCUGGAGAAGCUGGCCGGCUGGCACCGCAUCUCCAUCAUCUUCAUCCUUAGCGGCAUCACCGGCAACCUCGCCAGCGCCAUCUUCCUCCCGUACCGGGCAGAGGUGGGCCCGGCGGGGUCGCAGUUCGGCCUGCUGGCCUGCCUCUUUGUGGAGCUGAUCCAGAGCUGGCAGCUGCUGGAGCGGCCGUGGCGGGCCUUCCUGCACCUGGCGGCCGUGGUGCUCUUCCUGUUCGUGUGCGGCCUGCUGCCCUGGAUCGACAACAUCGCCCACAUCUUCGGCUUCCUCAGCGGCCUGCUGCUGGCCUUCGCCUUCCUGCCCUACAUCACCUUCGGCACCAGCGACAAGUACCGCAAGCGCGCCCUCAUCCUGGUGUCGCUGCUGGUCUUCGCCGGGCUAUUCGCCUCGCUGGUCGUCUGGCUGUACGUGUACCCCAUCCACUGGCCCUGGAUCGAGCACCUCACCUGCUUCCCCUUCACCAGCCGCUUCUGCGAGAAGUACGAGCUGGACCAGGUGCUGCACUGACCACCGCCUGGCCGCCCGCGGCUCCGCCCGCAGCUCCAUCGGGGCACGGGGCCGAGCCCUGGGCGCAGGCCGAGCCCUGGGCAGGCUGCCUGCCUGCAGAGCACCCACCCACACUCCGGAGACCCACCGCAGGCGCCCAGGCCCUGGUGCCGGAUCCGAGACGGUCACACAGGCGGGUUCCCUGAGGGGGGGUGAGGUGCCCUCCCUCGGGUGUUCCCGGCCGGGCUGGGGUACAGCCUUGAGCACCUGCUUCCCUGCAGCCCAGGGCCCGGGCCCCGACUUACCCUGCUGUCGUGACCCCCACCUCCCACCACAGCCUGUGCUGAGAGCUGGGGCCUCUCCCGCUCUGUCUGGGCGUGGCCUUACCGGGGACGUGGCUCUCCUCCCCUCUCUGCCCUGCCAGCCCGUUCCUCAGCGGCUGCAGGGGAGAGGCUUUGGCCGCGGCCUGGGCGGGGGAGCCUGUGCCCCGCCCCCUCACCCCGAGGCGCGGUCUGGUCUGCUCACGGGGAGCCUCUGACAGCAGCAGCCCCCACCACUGGCGGGCGGGCGGGGGCGGGGCCACCCCAGGCCCUGCUCCCAGGAUUGCCCGGGGCACAGUAAGGGCAUCUGUUACCCUAAUUUUUAAAGUAACGCUAAGUUUGUAUGGAUGAUGUCUCAGGUGUGUUAAAUGGUAUUCUUCAGGGAA